ACAUGUAGAAGCAGGUUGGGAUAAUCUGGCGGCUCCCAAAGGCAUCUCAGACUUGCGAGAAACGAAAACGAAACUUAAAAACACCCAAAAAAAAAAAAAAAAAAACAACACUACGAAAACGAAGAGACAGAUUCAGAGAGAGAGAGAGAGAGGGAGAGAAACAAUGGUGCUGUGGGAGAUCACGCUGGGAACAGCGUAUUUCUUGGGAUUGAAACGGACUUACAGGCUCGCUCUCAAGAUUCAGCGUCGACUCAUUAGCCCUAAGCAUACUCAGAUCCGUCAAUUUGCUCGCGGAAAAACACGCGCUGUAUUUGAUGUGGUGCUCAAAGUUCACCAGAACAUACAACACAGAGAUAUUGCAGUUGGUCGGAAUCUUGGCAACUGGAUCCUCCGUUAUCUUGACAAGAUGAAACCAUCAGCUCACAUCCGUGGACCCCCCACAGGAAAACCCAUCUCUGGUGGUAAUGCAAACAUGAACGCAACAAAGCAGCUCACCAAUUCAUCUCACCAGAAGACUCCUGGGGGCUUCCAAAGAUUCAGUACCAGUGGGGUUCGUGAAUCUGGUAGGCGUCUGUUUACCUCAACAAGAAAUAUAUGGCCUAAAUCAUUUCCCACCAUUGCAAUGAUGAUGAGGCCAAUUAACCCUGCUGGAACUAACAUUCAGCACAGGCAUUUGUGCUUCUCUGGCCCCGAAGCACAUAGAUUAAGCCAUGGAAGAGGUGGAUUUGAGGGAGUGAUCAGGAAAGACAUAAUGCAGUGGAUGUUGCACAACUAAUGAAGAAUUUUUAGUGUUUUUAUUUUCCCUUGUCGUCGUGGGGAUUGUCAAGUGCUGAGCUUGGAGUUUGGAAUAGGUCAUCUUUAAGGGGGGUAUUUCAAAAGACAGAUCCCAAGGGUUUGCUGACUUAAAAUCUCAUGUUGUUUUUGGUUUCUUUUUGUGGUCUAGUGAGGAAGAUACCUACUUUAUGUUCAUUUCCUGGAUUCUGUGUAAUUUUUUUGAGCUAUGAAUUAUGAUAGGAACUUCCAUUUAUAGAGAGUAUAGAAUUUUACUGUUUGUCGGUCAAAUUUUUUAUUUUUAGACAUUAAUGCUUGUAUGCUUGUAUAAGUGGUGAGAAAUAAAUGUAACAUCCUGAUGAAAGUUGCGCCAUCAAUGUUGGAUUUUGGGAUCA